AUGAAUAGGUUUCUUUUUAAAGGUGAUCCCGAAAUUGACAACAUGGACUCUAGCACUACAAAAGUUAUUGCACAGGCGAAUAUCAGUACAGAUCGCGAUAUUGACGACAGCGGAGAGCACAUUGGUCCGUCAGUCACGCAGAUAUAUCACCAUCCUUACGCCGCGUCGUUGCUAAAAAACGAUUCGUACGUCUGCAGUGCUGUUGUGUUGAAUACCUACUGGUUACUUACAUUAUCCAAAUGCUUUGAUUCACAUAUUAUAUCGUCAUACGUAACUCAUACAAAUCUUAAUAACUAUACGCUUAGGGUUGGCAGUUCAUAUAACAACAAAAGUGGGUCACUUCAUAAGAUUAAGCUGCUAAUAAAUAAUUUCGACUUAAAAGUAUCGGCUGUGAAGUUGGAAGCACCUUUGGAAUUCAGUUCCCGUAUUCGAUCCGUGAAUUUACCAGAUCCGGAUGACGAAGUCAACUUGGGUUACUUAGCGUCAAUUCUGGCCUGGACUCCCACUGGGCAUAUACGGGUCGUAAACGUGCCAGUCUUAGAUGCAUCUAUAUGUGAACGAGCGACGGAGAUAUUACCGGGCUACUACAUAUGUGCCGGUGGAGUCCAAGAUCUGAACAGACACUUUUGCAGAAGAGACGACGGUGGUGCGAUCAUACAAAAUAAUACGCUCGUAGGAAUAGCGACUUUCCUCCAUAGGUGCGCUGUCUACACUCGCACGCACGCGUUCCUUAAAGUGUCAAGUUUCGCUAGAUGGCUUAAUUCAGUCAUUUGGGACGAAGAUAAUAGGCCAACCACAGUCACUCCAAUUUCCUCCACACCACAAACCGUAUCUCCUGAUAUCAACCUUACAGAGAAUACUCCGCAGUAUAGAAACGUAUAUUUUGACCAAAGGAAACAAAUACUAUCAAUACCGUUCGACCCUAUAAGCGUACCUAUAGAACCGGCGGAAGGCAACUCAGUCUUGCCUGGAAUGAGUCUCUAUGAAUCUUAUUUACAAAACAUAGCAAGAGCAAAAACUUCAACCACACAAGAUCCAAAUGUUGUGGAAAAUAUGAAAAGGGAAUGGCUCAGAAAACUAGAAAAGAAGUACAAUAAUGUACUAGCUCAAGCGAAGGUGGCGGAACAUAACUCAGUCUUGCCUCGAAUGGGUCUCUAUGAAUCUUAUUUACAAAACAUAGCAAGAGCGAAAACUUCAACCACACAAGACCCAAAUAUUGUGGAAGACAUGAAAAGGGAAUGGCUCAGAAAACUUGGAAAGAAAUACAAUGUACAAGCUGAUGCUAAAAUGUACAAAACAAACAGAUAUCAAUCUAACGAAGUUAACUAG